CUCCAUUCUCGAUCAACAUACAGUUAUACACUUUUGGUUUCGCUUUCUUAAACUUCUGAUCACUUAGGAAUGGCAGCUAAUUCAAGCGAAACAGAGCUCCCAGUGAAGGUCUUUGGAUGGGCAGCAAGGGGCAUCUCCGGCGUUCUUUCUCCUUUCAACUUUUCCAGAAGGGAAAAUGGUCAAAUAUGCCUCGAACUAAGCUGAAAAGUGCAAAUCAUCCCUUAUAUACGAGACUCUAUCCGGACGUCGCCAUUUAGUGCGGUUCCCGACGGAAUUUUAUGAUGAAUUUUUUUGAGCAUUUUUUUCGUUAAGUCUAGUUUAUCCGUACCCUUUUCCCUUAUUUAUAUUUUACGCAAAACAAAUACUUCACAAAGAUGUAUGUAUGAGAAUAUGAAUUGUGCAGGGAAACGAGGGAAAGAGAUGUGCAGUUCAAGGUCAUAUAUUGUGGAAUAUGCCAUUCAGAUCUUCACCAAGUUAAGAAUGAAUGGGGUUUCACAACAUAUCCCAUUGUUCCCGGGCAUGAGAUCGUUGGUGUGGUGAUAGAGGUGGGGAGCAAAGUCGAUAAAUUUAAGGUUGGUGACAAAGUGGGUGUAGGGUGUCUAGUCGGAUCCUGUCGUAAAUGCGAAAGUUGUGCAAGCGAUCUCGAGAAUUACUGCCCGGGAGGUGUUCAAACUUACAAUGCUAUCGGAACAACCACGUAUGGCGGUUACUCAGACAUCAUGGUUGCCGAUGAGCACUUUGUUCUCCGAUUGCCCGAAAAUUUGCCAAUGGAGGCAGCUCCUCUGCUAUGUGCCGGGAUCACAACGUAUAGCCCUUUAAAACAUUUCGGACUUGACAAGCCAGGAAUGCACAUUGGCGUUGUUGGUCUAGGUGGCCUUGGCCAUAUGGCUAUUAAGUAUGCCAAGGCUUUUGGAUGCAAGGUGACUGUGAUCAGCACCUCUGCUAGUAAGAAGAAAGAGGCUAUGGAACGCUUUGGGGCUGACUCAUUCUUGAUCAGCAGCAACUCAGAAGACAUGCAGGCGGCAGGAAGCACAAUAGAUGGGAUAAUAGACACAGUCUCUGCCACUCACCCUCUUGUGCCUCUACUAAGUUUAUUGAAAGUCAAUGGAAAGCUCGUAGUAGUCGGAGCACCAGAGAUACCAUUUGAACUGCCAGCCUUUCCCUUGAUCUUGGGUAGGAAACUAGUUGUGGGAAGUUGCAUUGGUGGAAUAAAAGAGACGCAAGAAAUGCUAGACUUUUCUGCCGAAAAUAACAUAACACCAGACGUGGAGGUUGUCGCCAUGGACUAUGUUAACACUGCACUCGAACGCCUCGCAAAUGGUCAAGUCAAAUAUAGAUUUGUUUUAGACAUUGUCAACACACUGAAAUUUGCUUGAAUAUCUUUGUAUAUUCAUAUUUAGAGCAAAUCCAAACGGACUGGUUCAUUUUAUUUACACAAUUGUUAGGAGUUUCAAAGUUCUAUAUAUCCGUGUUGCCAUGUGUUUGUUUUUAUAAUAUAUACGUAGUAAUAUAAUUAAAGAAUAAUUAGACGUACGAAUGUUGUGAGUUUCCUCCCAUUGUAUAUUUUGUCUCGUUGACAAAAUUAUUUUUCUGUACGCAAUUUUACUAGCUUAAUUUGAUUGUUAGUAUUUCCCCGACUCAAAUAUUUGAUAAUUUUAAUGAACAAACAAAU